CGCUGUUUUCAUCGAUACUCAAAGACUCUUCGCAAAAAAUUGCAUUUCUCUAAUUUACAUUAACUAAACUUUUGGUUUUGAUUACAAUUUUUCAUAAUAAUGCCUCCUCCCGAGUCCAAAGAAGACGAUUUACACGAAAGAAUUGGAAGCUUCGUUUCUUACCUCAAGCAAGGGUAAGUGUUUCGUUAGGUACGAUGAACAUAUGAAUGAGAAAUUCAGACUUGACCAGACCUCCUUCUGAAAAUAUAAGCUCACUGAAAAUUUGUUCAAUUAUAUAUUUCAUAUGUUACUUUGUAUUUCUUUAUCGAUUUUUCUUUCAGUCAACUUCAUGGAUCAUAUGAUGUGGCAUUGCAAACACUACAUAUUUUGAGGAGGAUCGUUUCCCAGACUCGCUGGAGUACUGCAGGGUAAGAAUAGAAUGUAAAGAAGGUUUUCCAGAACUCUUCACGCUUGAUUUACUCCCAAUUAACUUUGAGAUGCAGCAGAUAACAGCAAAUUCCUCUUGUUUCUAAUUUAAACCUUAGUAGUGCUGGCUUAAGGUUUCAAAUCAAGUGGAAAUCUGGUGUCAUUUGAGAUAUUAAUCCUUUAUACCUUAACAUCAGUUUACAUAUUCUUCCUACUGUACUCCAUACAUUUGCUAGGGUGCUGACAAGGAUAAUAUGGUGAUCAUUUCCUUUAUUCUCAUGACCUUUAUGUGUGAUUCCAAGGUUAUAUUAUAAGGAGAAAUUAAAUGCUCUCUUAGAGGUUAAAAGGUUUAUUAAACAUGUCUGAUUUGAAGCUUCUAAAGUUAAUUUCAAAGUCUGAUGUGACAUUAAUUGCUGAAUGUUUUUGCACACAGUGAGUUGAUGCAGUAUAUGAAAACAGAGGGAAAGAAAAUGGCAAGUGCUCAGCCAACAGGUCAGAUUAUAUAAAUUUCUGAUUGUCUAGUAGCAUGUUGUCAUAAAUCACAUCUGACUACAAAAGCAAAUGACACGGAUGUUGUCAUGUUAAAUGGAUGGAUCUGACUACAAAAGCGUGGUGAUGUUGUUGUUUAUAAAUGUUGUUUUUUUGGAAAAUGAGCCUUUAUCCUGUCUCGAAUGAUUGAGCGAACCGCAAACUACUUGUUAAAAUUGAAUAUUUUACAAGCAAAUGAAGUUAUUCAUGAUCCAUUGCUGUAUUUGUUUAUUCUUAUAGAUUCUGUUGUUGGAAAUAUGGUACGGAGAGGUAUGUUCAUAGCUAACAUUUUAACCUUUUAACCCUUAAGAGUGACUGGCAUCUAAUUUCUCUUCAAACAUUAAGGUCAAGAGAAUGAAGGAGCUGAUCACCAAAUAAAGAAGCUCUUGAUUGUUAGACAAAUUCUCCUCAUCAGCACCUUAGUAACUGCACAGAGAGCAGUAUGGAGAUUAUAAAUACUGAUGUUAGGGUGUAAGGGGUUAAUACACGUUUUACAAGUACAAGCGUUUUAUGAUGUGUUUGUUAUGUGAUUUUUUUAUUACACUUCUGCACACACUUCUACAUUUCUGUACACAAGUGAAAUUAACCCACACUUAUUGGGAAUUAAUCAGGUUUAUGUAAGUUUUUAAUGGUCAUAUUUAUUAAAGCCUAAAUAACAUCUUAAAUGAGUUCUUUUCCUUCCAGGCUUGAAGAUCAUAAGAGAAGAAUAUGCUGGGUAUGAAAUUUUAGAUUUACAGAAGCACGUAGUAUACUUUUCUCAGUCAAAUUUUGUAACUUGUUUAAGAUUGAGUACAUUGAGCUAUACCAUAUGCUGAAUUAAAUGUGCACUGGUUCUUAUGAUCUGUCAGAGGACAGACUUCAUUGACAGGGUUUACUUCUUUCUCAUAUAAAACAAAUAGAUUUCAUGUAAGCAUUAGUCUGUUCAGUAGUAUAAUAUUUUGUAGAUCAUGCAAGAUUUCCAAAUGUGGUAGGAAAAUUAGUGACAGACUUGGCAGCCAGUUCUCGUGUGCUUCUUUUUGUUCUUCAACAUCAUCUGUGAUUUGUUCUGAGGAGAUGCACGGCAACAUGCAAUCUAUUUGUUGAAUAUACAGCUAUCAUAGCUUCUUGCAUCUUGUUCAUGCCAUCUAUUUUUACUGGCUGUUAAUUUUACCUUGUUAUAGUUCAGUUAGCGGUAAAACAGAAGAAGGGGAAACAGAAGAAUCCUUACAUGUGAGUUAUUAAAUAAAUGUUUAUUCAUUUAUAACCAUGAUGAACAAUAACAGUUUCUGUAAUGUGUGAAGUAUUAUCUGGAAAUCAUGUAGUCUUACAAAAGAAUUUCCACUGUCACUAACUGGAAAACAUUGUUCAACAUUGUUUUUUUAGAAACUGUUAAUGGCUGGUGGACCCUCCACAAGUGACUUCAACAAACCUGCUCAUGGACUUAAGGUAUGUAUACUUUGAAGUCAUUGACACACAAGAAACUCCUGGGGUCUGAGGAUUGUAUGAUUUGUUGCUCAACACAGUUUUUACUUUGUGUCUGUUUGUUCUUGUGUUGGUCAUCCUUGGACCAAGGUGACAAGUGCAUUUUAGUGAUGUUUUGACCAGUGUGUCAGCUGAUGUUCUGGUUGGGUUUUUUUUCUUUUCACUCUCUGUCUGCAUUUGGGUACCAUCAAACCUCUGUAAGGAAUUUCCUCUCAUAAGUAACCACUGGAACUUUGUGUAAGCAGUUACUUUCAGUUUGGUGGCUGUGAUCUCUUAGAGACACUUUGUAACCCUGUCACAGUAUAGGGUUUUUUUCUCUGCAGGUUAGAGUUGAAGGGGAUUAUGACAUUACAUUAACACCCUAGAAUCAGUAUGCAUAUUAUCCAUACUGCUCUCUAUACUUUUUCUAGGGUGCUGACAAGGAGAAUUUGUGAAACAACCAAAAGCUUCUUUAGUUAUAAUUUCUUUCAUUCUUGUGACCUCAAUGCGUGAUUCAGGGAUAACAUUGCUACAAGAAAUUAGAUUCUAGUCACUCUUAAGAGUCAAAGGGUUGCUCACAAAUCAAAUUACCUCCUCUUUCUCAAGGAAUUACAAGAAAAAUUGGAAUGAGCAAGUCAGUUUUCUUUCAGAAGUCACUUGUUGGCCUUAAAUCAUGGCUCUUUCAGGUCAAAACGAGCAUUGUAUAGAUUUGAAGUAAUUCUGUUGUUUGCUUUGAAUUUGUCUUUUUCUUAACAGGCAACUGUCAUUGAUGCUUUAAACGAACUCUUAUCAGAGAUUGAGGCCAGGUACACGGCUUUUAUGAGUAUUUUAUUCUAUCUUUGCGUCAUGUGUAAACGAUCAAUUUCAUUUUUUUUUCCGUCGCACCCGAAACGCAUUUGAGAAUCGUCAAGUCGAUUGAAGUAAAAAUUCCCUGUGAAUGACAAAAUAUGGAUUAAAAUGGACACGUUUGCGUGUAAACCAAUGCACACGUAUAUAUUUUGCACUGCACGCGCGUGAGAAUCACACGAAUUUGACGCGCGUGUUGGUGCUGCAGUACACGCGAGCGUUACUGUGGUAAAGCACACUGUCACUCUGCUACCAUGUGGAAAGAGUAAGUUUGCCACUAAACUUUGUUAAUGACCAUUGAUUGCUUUGGUUUGUUUCUUUGUUGUAGCACUGAUAACAUCGCCACUCAAGCUCUUGAGCAUAUUCACUCUAAUGAAGUGAUCAUGACGAUUGGGAAAUCCAGAACAGUAGAACAAUUUCUCAAGGUGAGCCGUAUUGUUUGAAUAAGUUUUCAGCUACAAAUGAAGACGAUACGCUUCGACAAACUCGAAGAUAUUUCAUUAAGAGGCUCUACGGAACUGUUUCUGUGCCGAGAAGUUUUCGGAUCUCAAUAAAAACCCAGCUCGUGGUCGAAAACUGACAUAAAAGGGAAAAACUGGUUGGUUCUUUUUCGGCCGACGACUCUCUGCUGAUUAUCGGCCAGUUAUCGAUCAAAAUUCGCAGGACGAUGAACAGUCGGAUAUGUGUCGGUAAUGUGUCGUGUGGUUUCGGUAACAGAGUAGCAUUGCCUUUUGUAGCGUUAAAAUAAAAUGCACUAUUUUCUUUUUAUUGUUAAGAAUGCAGCAAGAAAGCGUACAUUCAGUGUUAUUGUCGCAGAGGGAGCUCCAUUUUAUAAGGUAAAGGAUCUAUUCAGAGCUUCUUCAAAGCUAUUUUUAUUUCCGUUGAAACGGCCUUUUUAUUAUAUUUCCGAUUAAAUGUAUCUCUUUUUUUUUUCAAAUUAAUUUAUAUAAAUUAUAUUAAUUAUUUUGAACAGGGCCAAGAGCUUGCUAAGAGUUUAGCUCAAGAUGGAAUUGAAACAACUGUCAUUACAGACUCAGCCGUUUUCGCCAUUAUGUCAAGAGUAAAUAAGGUGAUUUAUCAUUUUUGGAGUGAAAACUUGCCUCAUGCACAUAUGUUUUUUGGGGGGGAGAGGGGAAGGUGGCCGACAGUUGUAAGAGGAAAUAAACGUGGCUAAUUUUCAAAGAAAAAUCAUGAAUGUUGUAAGAUAUUUCAUGUAAUUGUCAAUCUUUCGUAAAUUGAACACUCGCCCGGUGCCAUGUUGUAUCUUUUUGAGGGAGUAGGUCGUGAUAUUUUGAGUCGCUGAAAAUUGUCGUUAUUUUGAAGGAAAACACCAUGAUGAAACUUCGUAAGUGAGACGAAAAACAAACAAAUAAACAAACAAAAAGGCAGUAAAUUCCCCUAAAGGAACUUUAGGCUUCUUGUCGGCAAUUUCUUUAUUUCACUGAUAGCAGCUCACUUGCAAACACCACUUUGUUACGUCGAUGUGAAGACCUUGACGUCCAUCUGCAUUGCCAGUUUUCAGAAUAAAAGUAAUGUCGAGGAAGACGUUGUUCGUCUUGUCACGAGCGUGAAAAAAAAAAGAAAAAAAAUUCUGGGUCUCCAUAAGGAAUCGAACCCCAGACCACGAGAUUUUGUGCUCCGAUGCUCGAAGAUGGAAUCCGAAGAUAUGAGGCUCGAUUCCUCGGGCGGACUCAGAAGUUUUUCUUUGUUCCACGCUCGUGAGAAGACGAAAAACAUCUUUCCCAAUUUCUUCACCGAGCUCAAAACUUACCAUCUCUCUUAUUCUAUUAACAAAAAUGAUGUCAUUUGUGUUCAGGUUAUUAUGGGCACUCAUGCGAUAAUGGCGGAUGGCGGGUAAGUGAUCUCAUCUGUUCUUUUCAGUUUUUGAGAAGUACUUUAGGCCCUGUUUGUCCCUCCCUCCAGCAUCCUCUCCCUCCGCCUUUCCACCCUUUCCCCCCCAAGGUUAUUAUUGGCGCUUAUGCUAUAAUGGCCGACGGUGGGGAAAUGAUUUGAUCCGUUCUUUUAGAUUUCCCACCUCCCCCCCCCCCUUCCCUUUUUCCCGCUUCCCCUCCUCCCUUCCCUUAAGACCUGGGAUGGGCGAAAAGCGUAGCUUUUGAAAUGUUAUACGAUCGCAAUAUCAGACCAACGCAACUCUUCAGCUCUUCUCCAAAAUCCUUCACUAGAAAUUCUCAGCUCGUUUUCCUCUCUAGGAGUACUGAGUAGCAAUCUUACAGAACAGCACUUUAUAUUGGAUUAAUUAUGAGUCAAGGUUUUAAAGGAAUUUUGAAUCAACCUUUUAAGGAAUUUACUUUGUGUGCGAAGGGUUCAUGUCUUCGCUCCAGGGUCUAGUGCGUUUCGUAAAAAAACUGACAGCAUAACCUGGGACUUACAUCUCUUUGUAGGUUACGCUCUAUCGUUGGUUCUCACGCCCUCGCACUUGCUGCUAAGCACCAUUCAGUUCCGGUACGAGUAUGUGUAAUAUGUACACAAUUAGUGCAAUUUUGUACUUGAAUUUAGGUGAUGUAAUUGAAGCUACGGUAGAUCUCGUCCCACUCUAAGUUCGCCCCCCUUGCCAUCAGGUCGAGUUGCUCCACGCCCAAUAGGUCAUUUUACAGGAGUGUACUUUGUUGUCAAGCCUUUGAUUUGGAGUGAGACAGAAGGUGACCUUGUUGUGAUAGAGACCAGUAUUUAGUUAGCAUAAUAACAAAGUAAUUAACAUUUGAAAUGCAGCAAGGUUUGUAUCAUAACAAGGUCAACCUUAGCCUCACUCCUGCAAAAAGGCUCGGCAACCAAGCACGCAACUGUGAAAUGGACAGCUCAGAAAAAACUCACCAGCCUUUGAACACCACGUAACUAGAAAUAUUAUGAAUUCGACAGUAUUUCGUUCUUAUCCGAAUCGAAUCAUAUUUGGUUCUUAGCCAAAGUAUUCCCGGAAACCAGACUUGUGUGAUUAGUAUCUAUUCCUUCUUGAGUCAUGUCGCCUCUAUUUUGUCAGUAGUUGUGGACGUAGGCCAUUGCCCCAACCCCUCCCCUCUUCUUCUCCUUGACCGUUGCCCACCCCCUUGGUGCGAAUGUCUUCCUCUCCCCUGCCUUCAACUUCUGUAUAAAUCAAAGAUGGCAGCCAUAAUUUUCAACAAUAGAAUUGUAAGCACUCGCUUGUCAAAUUUCCGCGUGAAAUACUUACUUCAGAAAUCGUCGCAUUCGAAUAAAACCGAACUGACCUCAAAUGUUUCAUUUCAAACAGCUGAUUGUGUGUGCUGCCAUGUACAAACUGACGCCCCAGUACAUUGUCGCGUAUGAUCAGGUAACUUUAGAAUUCUCACCACUGCACUCCGCCAAAUGUUGUUCCAUUUAUGUAUAUCAACUUCAGCCCUGUACUAGUUAGUAAGCUCUACAUAAUGCCUUAUCGUAUUCCGAAAUACCCCGUUUAGUUCAAAGUACCAUGCCGUUGUGAUCUGGCUGUUUUCAUAGCCCUUUCAACUUAAGGCAAGCAACAGACAGGCAGUAAUUGGAAGGAGGAUGGUUUUCAACCUGUAACCACCAGGUUACCAGUCCAACUUCCAGUUGGAAUUUUUCUCGUGGAAUAUAAGUUUACUGCCAAUUUAUGGUCCGCUCUCGCUACUUAUUAUGAAAUCAGUACAUUUUAUAGGUUAAAAUCUGUAUUAUUUACCUUACGCCAUUGCCCAUUUUGCAGGAUAGCUGUAAUAAAUUCGUCGUUCCUCACGAUGUGAUGAAAUUCUCCGAAGGUAGGAAUUAACCUGGAUGAAAAUUGCCUCACUCCCUGUCUUGGUCACUCCCAUGAGUGACUAAGACAGAAUUUCUCCAUACAAUGCACUACAACAUCAGGCAGACAAGUGAUGAGAAUAAAGAAAAAUUUCAUUCACGGGAUUUUUAGUUGAUCCAAUACCAAAUUCUCCCAACCAACGUCAAAAGAAUUGUAUGUCAGACAGUUAGGAAAGUUCACUGAUGAGAUCUUGGAUGGUUGAACCACCGAAAUUUACAGAGACUUGAUAGAGUGCGUGGAAUGACCAUUGAACUGUUUUUUGUUGUUGUUUUUUUAGGAAAUAUAUUAUCUAAAAUUGACGUCCAUAAUCCAGUGUUCGACUACAUACCGUCAGAUUUAGUGAACCUCUGCAUCUCAAACAUGUAAGUUUGGUUACGUAAGUUUGUUAAAAUAGCCCACCCUGGAUAGGAUGCCAUUUUAUCGGGAGGUUACUCCCCCAGCAUUUCAGCGGGCUUCCGUGAUAAUUCACCAGUCCUCUCUCCUGGGUGGAGAGAGGACUGGUGAGAGAGACUAAAUCUUCGUCCCAGACUCCUGCGUAAUAACCAUUAGACCACCGCCUCUCACAUAAGUUAUUGUGGUUACAUAUUUAAUCCUCCAGGCCCUAACAUCAGUAUGCAUAUUCUCCAUACUGUUCUUUAUACAUUUCUUAAGGUGCUGACAAGGAGAAUUUGUUUACCGAUCAAAAGCUUCUUUUGUAGAUGAUCAUCUCCUUGAUUCUCAUGACCUUAAUGUGUUAUUUAGGGCUGACAUUGUAGGGAGAAAUUAGAUGCUUGUCUCUUUAACGGUUUAUAGGGUAAUCAUCACCAUUAUAAUUUCCUCAAAUGUGAUUGGUGCAUUAGUUGCUUUAUUUUUAACUAAUCGUUCUGUGCAUCUGUAAUCGGACAGUGUAAUCGCAGCACAGUUGACCGUAAGCGGACACCUGUAACCAGACAGUUGAGGUAGCCAAUCAAACUAAGUCCACUCAGCUAAAUUCGUCAAUCAAAGAAUACAUCACAAUAACUAUAGCGACAACCACUAAUCCUAAAAGAAAAAAAAGAGAAUUUUUUUACUUGAGACAUUGUCUCUACCGGAGAUAUUUGACCUAAAUGUAUUUAUUGUUUUCGGAAAUUGUCAAGGUUAUGGUAAUUUAUAAGAGGACUUUGUGUCGUUCAGUUCGGUUUGUAGUCAUAUUCGUGGUUGACAAAUUAGACUCCCGCUGCGCGGUCGUCCAAUUUUGUCAAUCAUUCGUCAAUCACACACAGAAUUGGACUCCACUUGGUCCUAUUACCAUUAUUAAUAGAGUUUUUUCCUUUUUUCAGUGGUGGCUACUCACCAUCCUAUGUAUACCGCCUCGUAAGCGAGUUAUAUCACGCGGACGACUACUAUUUAUGACGCGGUGAACUAAGAUGCGCCGUGGGAGACUGGGAGACAAGACAGCCUUUUGGUUUGCGCGAUAAACUCAAGCAGGUUCUCUUCGUCACAAUGGGCGGAUAUCCUACGGGAUAUAUCUUACGAAACCACAAAAUUUUGUAACAGCUCCCAAACCACAGUGUGUGUGUGUGUGUGUAAUGGAAAGCCGUUUCCAGUGCAAUUUAUCGUGGAGAUUAUAUGUGUAAUGCGAUGAAAGCAGAGUUACCUUUUUUGUUUCACAGGAUUCAGACAGAUUCUGGAGUUUUUGUGAAAACUUUGGUAGUCAGUGAACGAAAAGUUCUUCAGAACUGGAAAAAGGAUGGAAAAUAGGUAGUAAAUGUGAAAAAAAGAAAGAAGUCACUUUGUUUUUUAUUUUUCAAAUAUUCUAUAACAAGCGCUCCGUCGUUGAUUUUUGCUCGUAAGUUAUAUUUUUUGCAAGAAUUUAUCGUAGUCAAAAUGUAGUGCACAUAUGAAAAAAAAACUAUUUUGGCCCCAACACAUUUGUGGUUGCUUUGUUCACAAUACCCUAUAAUUUCAUUUUGAAAUAAGGAAAUAAUUGCUUAGAGAAAGUCAAUCGCUGGUCUAAUGACGGCCGAGGCAAGGAGAGAGGGCUUGGAAAUGAGGUUUCCUGCAUUUGACGUCACUCAUUAGACGAUGUAACCACCUAAUUAGUGGGAUCCAGCCUUCGCUUAUCACAGAACGAAAAAGUCGUCCUCUUUCGGUUUUAUCUGCUGCAGCAAAAUAAGUCAAUUAUUCGUGCGUGAUAUUGUCAUCUUUCUUGAUGUAUGAUGCUGCGCGAAAGGUAAGGCCAUAAGCUGUUUAGAAAUUUCAUUUGAUUACAGCUUAUUUUACAACUUAUCAGCCUUCGAAAUCGAAGUUUUAAGAAAAUAGAUUUUUUCAGCGGAAACAGAUUUCUAUUUGAAAUAGUUUUUCUAAUGUCGACGAUCGCAAAAAAUUCACCUGAAUAAAUAAUUUAGUCAAAUAUUUAUCUAUAUGGGAUAAUCCGUUUCGUGUUAUCUCAGCCAGCCUCUAUUGCUGGAAAUCUAUUUUCAGUCGGGUUGUAUUUAGGUAGUGGCGUAAUGUAGCGACGAAAAUGACGGCUGUGGAGUGUUUAUUUAUAAUCAGUUUUAGCGCCUACCGAAUGCGGAAGAUAUAAAUCUCUGAAAUAGGUUAGUUAUGUUGUGAUAUCAUUACCUAAAAUGCAUGAUUUAUGUUUGUCUUUCUUGUUAUUGCUACUCGGCAAACGUUAAUUGGUCAUGAUUUUGAUAUUUCCUGGAGGCAUGAACUUAAAUACUGCUUUAAGUUCCAUGAGUUGCUUUACAGGUGUAAAAUAUUAUAAUGAGGAAAAAUCUCUUCCAUUAUUGUCAUAGAUUUUAUUUGCAAAAAGAAGUUUCAAUUUGAUUGCAUUGAUUCGUGAGAGAAUAGAAAUUUGCGACUCUUAAUCGUUUAAGUUUAAAACUCGAUUUAACAGAUUGGUAAUUUCCAUUUGAUUGAUUUGCAGUUUGUCCAUUUUUUUAAAGGAAACGCAAAAUUCUGUUUUAUAGCAAAUAGUUUUUCUAGGCAAUGAGUAAUUUCUAAACCACAGAGACAUCAUGAAAUCAUGACACUCUGAAGUUAAAGAUUUGCCAGAGGUAAAUUAUUGGUUAUUUGUGAUCCACACAGACGAAAAUGCAAAUGAAUUGAAAGAGUCUGUUUUAUGAUUUCAUUUGUUUUUUCAGGUAAUCCUUUCAAGGUUUUUUUGUGUAAUUUCAACACGUAGCACCUGUUUAUUUGAGAAAAAAAAUAAAUAUUUUUUAGUUCCAAAUUUGUCAGAUUGGGUGGAAAGAUCAAGCAAGGAGGGUGAUGUAACACAAUGCAUGCGGACGCCUGAACAAAUGAAAUAACAACAAGAAUAACCAACUAACUUACAAACAAAUAGUGGAAUAGAAUUUCUUAUCGCGCGUAGCUGAGGCGAACUAUCUGAAAAAUUUAGUAAUAGCACUUAAGUAUUUAAUAACUACAGAUUUUAUUAUGGUAGUAUAUCUUUCUGCAAUAAUUGCCUUUUGAAUUGUGAACACCACACGGGACGUCAUUUGUCAAUAAUUUUGAAGAGUACCUCAGAUUUUCAAAAAAUUGUUGUUUAAAUUUCUUUCCUGAAGGAAACCGUGAGCUGGAGCGACACUUAUUCUCAAUAUCGAAGGGAAAAUUUGAACGAAGUAAUUUCCAAUCUAAAGUUCAGGUCGUGUUUCACGUUUCCAACUCAUCAAGAGGUGCAACAGUGUAGUUUGAUCUUCCAGGUGAGUGUAGUCCUGAGAAAGAAUGUUGUCGGUAUGGGUGACUAAUCUUUCGAUAGCCUGAGCGGAAGUCAUCAUCAGACUCAGACUACAGGACUACACUCACCCGGACGAUCAAACUACAGUACUACAUGUUACACCCGGGUUCAAACCAAUUACUGUAUCAUCAGGAGGUAUUUGUAUUUCACAGGUCCAUCGCACACAUAUCAAUAAUUUUAAGGCCAUGUCCUUAGGCUCAGCAAUCUGUUGGUAAAACGGUAAUAUUAUAUCAUAAGUAGUAGUUGUAUACCAUCUGUAAGCUGCAAAAUUGUGUAUCGUGCCGUUUGACACAAGGUACAAUGACCAAGACACAAGCUCAAUGAAAGCAAGACAAUGAAACCCAAACACACUAGCAACAACAAAAAGAGAAAACAUUUUGCAUAUUUCCCUUCCUCCGACUUUCACCGAUGCGAAUGACAAACAUGAAUAAAAACGAUGAGACCUCUUGGAAACCAUCAAGAACAGUAAUGGUAAUUACAAUAAUGGUGAUGAUAAUAAUGAUGAUAAUUACGUAGUAAUAAUAACUUCCGUGUGUAUUAAAUGUUACUCUUCGAUGUUCAUUCCACAGGGCAACAGAGUGAACCUUUCUCUGCAAAUAUCUCUUCUUUGUCUGCAAAAAGGAGUUCAAUAACACCCCGUCUAGUGGAUUUAUUAAGGAGCGUGUUUAAUGAUGAACAAAUCUAUCCAUCAAUCACUGCUCGCUGCACUUGAAACCAGGAGCAACGAAAGAGAAGACAGUUCAAUCGUCUCUUGGUACUGGAUGGUUAGCCUCGCCAUUGUUGUCCCAGCUUUUCUCAUGAAUUCCUCACUAUGUGUCCUUCAUGCUUGUUGCAAAAGAGUGCGUCGUCUUAGCAACAUCUUUUUGAUCACUCACUGCGUUGCAAACACCUUCCAAACGCUGGCAACAAUGAUAUUGUUUUCUUGGGGAGAACAUACAGACGUUUUUCUUUGCAUUAUCAAUGUAUCGUUUAGUUGUUCAGUGCUAUGCAUUCCCGUGAUCUCGACGUUAACUUUAUUUAAAUCACAGUGGGCUCACCGAUAUGUUAUUUGCGCAACAGGCAGUUUAUCCUAUGUCAUCUUUCUAACAGUGUUAUGCGCAGGAGUGGGCGUGGCAAUACCUCCAUUUCUCGGAUGGGGGUCGCCCUUGUUGUUCUACAAAUCUCCAACAACUGUUUCACCAUCAUAUUCGAUCUUUGCAGGAUUCGUCUUGACUGUGGCACCUGUAGUCAUCAUUUGCGGCACAAAUUACAAGAUAUUUUCUCGUGUUCGAAGCUAUGAGCAGCGUGCAAGAAGAGAUACAGAGCCUAACUGCUCUCGCGCGGGUAAAGCGCAGGUUGAACCGAGAAGACGAGACGGCGAAGCGAAACUGGUAAUAAUUAUGCAAGUCUUUGUUUUUGCUGUUUGCCUUGUCCCUGUCACAGUGGAGAGUCUGUUAGCAUCGUUUCUUUCUCUUGCUACGUCCAAAGUCAUUAAAUAUUCGUUAAACUGCUUUGCGCAGGCGUACUGUGCAUUAUCUCCGGUCUUAUAUGGCUAUACAAACAAGGACAUCAGACGAUCAUUUAAGUGUAGCUGCUAUCAGAAAAAAUUUGUGCUCCAAAAUCCACGAAAAAAAUCUCGGCAACGGCAAUUAGGUGGAGGUUCUUACCGCGGCGUCGGACUUUACGCGGAUCCAUUUGUGCUGAUUCAGCAGGUUCAAAAUUCAUGCGAUGAGCUGUCUGUUGACAAUUAUCUCAAUGGAGGAGGUCGGGAGAGAUUUGUACAUUUUGCAGGACUAUCCACAAAUAUUUCAAUAAGUGUUGAAAUCGAUAACGUAUCACGACAACAAAAAGCUGCUGAGCCGAAAAAGCGGCCGAUAACGACCGAAGUUUCUCCAAUUCGAAGACAUUCCACGCUUCGAAAACAAGAGGAUGCACCGAAAGUAAAGAAAAGGGUUCACGAAAGCGUUACAGUUUCCUUCGAUUCGAAACCCGAAUGCACCGAAAAACAACGGAAAAAGUACCUCGCUACUCCUUCAGUGAAACGCAUGCGCCUGAUUAAGAAGUCGCUGUCGAACAUUUCCGAUAGCGAUCUGCAGUCCGGUAUAGUAAGUUUUACCGGUUCAGAGUUUGAAUCGCUGCAGCACAUGGCGCCACAUUUUACGAACUACAGCGAUCCUAUGCGGUCAGCGGGAUUCAGGCAAGUUUUGACGAGGAGAGGAAAGUUAAAGCGAACGUGCUCGCUUCAUAGACGCGAUAAACGCGAGCCAAAGAUACGAGGGUUUAUGGAGAGACGAUGCAGCCUUGAAGGGGACAGAGCUAUAAGGAUUGCAAGCCAAAAGCCUGGCUAAUGUUUGGACAACGAAAGAGAGAGAGAGAGAGAGUGGGGUUGGUCAGUGUCUCUUGUGUAUAUCGAACUCCAAUAUCUCUUCCCCCCUCCCUCCCUGGCGAGUUUUUGAGCCCUCUGUCAUCUAAACUUUGUGGCCUGUUUUUGUUUGGAGAACAAGACUGACUUUCGGAGUUUACUUAAUUACAGCCACAUGUUGAUUUGAUAAAUUUAUUAUACAUCUAUUGAUGGAGCUUAGAUUUCAGCCGUCCUUUCGGAGAAUUAAUUUUACAGCCAGUGGAUUUCUUUGUCUUUCAUUUUAGUUUCCAGGAAGAAAGACAUCCACGUGUGACCAUGAUUUAAAGCAGUCAGUGUCAUGUUGAACCUCCAACCCCAUGUUGAAAAUUCGGCUUUCGUCCUUGAAUGUUAUGACGGCAAAUCUAAUCCUCACUAAGAGGCUAGGAUUCAAUAUUGUCGGAGUCAGAGACCGAGUCGUUAUCAGGAGCGCCGAAUGAGUCGCUCCGGUAAAAAACGAACCGAUUGAAUUAAAUGCAAUGUUAUCUAUGUAAACUAAUUUGAUGGAAUCGAAAGUCAUCGGACUUCGAUUUACGAUUUUCAAUUGGACGAAGGCGCUCUUAAGAAACCAACUAUGAAUCUGACUUCAUCUGUGGUUAUAACAAGCUUCGACAGCUUCAUUCCAGGGAUGAUCAUUCUUAUACUCUUAGGAUAACUGAAAACGCAAGGGAAUGUGGCCAGUGUGGCUGUUUUCUUACUUUGUAGUUACUGAAAAAAAUUUUCGCAAAGGUCACUCAAACCUACAUGCUUUUAGGCGGUGAUCCUUCAUCUAUCAAGGAGGAAGGUUACAUUGCUACUAUCUUAGCAGAAAAUAAAAAAAAUUGUCUCCGAGAUUAAUAGAUGUCGCUCUAGCAUUUCAGCCAUGAAAUCGCGAAGUGUGGCGAAACUUUCAUAAAAUAUACAGUUUUAACCAUUCAGUAAUACAAAACUAGAUUAUGCUCGUAAAGUUUGGAACGGGCAUUUCAAAGACUUACAUUCAACUUUUGAGAAUUUUGUUUAUUUUUCACAGAAUUGUAAAUAUUCUGGUUUAAGUAGACAAAAGACAAAACGUUGUUUCUUUAUGUCUUUAUUAUAUCUAUUAACUAGGUCCCCCUGAACCUCAAGAUGGGUAAGCUCAAACUACAAGACCUACGUUAAGAUUGACAACAAAUAUUAGAGGUCAUCCACAAUAAAAUCAAUCGAUCGGAUUUCCUUCUCCUGACCAUCCUUCUCUAUUUAUAGAAAAAAAUAGAAUAUCGCAAUUCCUUUCAUGCUAAAAGGUCCAAGCUCUUGUGCUUCUUGGUGACGAUUAAGCCAGACUUCAAUUUGUCCAAGGCAGGUUACGUGACGAAUUACAGGGAAUCAAAUCGCCGUUUAAGUCGUCUCGUAAUACCGGAAGUCUUUUGCUUGUCGAUUUACAGGAAGUCAAAUCGCGGUUUAAGUCGUCUCCUGAUACCGUAUAUCAAAAUAAUAAUUCAUAAUAAUACUGUAAGUUGCUACGAGGGAGGUUUGAAAAUGUUGUUGGCUCGAUUCGAUAAAAAAAGAAGAUCAAUUUAAGGUAAAGUUACUUUAAUAUUUCAACCAUUGACCCAUACGGGCACGGGGAAGAAAAAUACGAAAAGUGAAACCACCUCACGUUCAGAUAUCUGACUUCAAGGAAGCAAUGACCUUUGCUGAGUUUCAGUGACCUAAAGCGUUCUUUGUUAAAAUAUGGAUCGAGGAAAUAGCAAUACCGGCAACAUUCCGUCGCGUUUCUGACUGUAAUUAAGGUAUAAAAGUGAUCGUCUCGUAGAAGGAAUAGUAGAAAAAGUGGAUUCAGUUCUACUGGUGUUUACGAAAUAAUUUGAAGAAGAACAUUUUAAACAUAACGAGGUGAGUUGAAGUGAUAGUCAAUGUAUCAUCCUGUUUGAAAUCUUUUAUAUUGUCACUUCUUUCGUCAGUAUAAAGUUGUAGAAUACUUGAACGUAUUCAAGUAGUCUUUACUUAUUUCUUGGUGACACUUAAUGGUUUGACAGGAUGUCUUCAUGUCUGUUUGCCCUUCUGGUCCUGUGCUUCCUUGUCUAUUCAUCUCAAGCCUCGCCUGUUUACAAGAAGGUAAGUUGUUCAAUCAUAAAACUUUACAGAAAUGUUUUUAAAGUGGCAACCGUUCGAAGCGAACAUCUCAAUUAUUUCUGCCAAUGACAAAACACUGGUGUGACUAAUUUACCUCUAAGGCUUUUUGAUGAAUUGUACUGCGUUCAGUUCUAAACUAUGUCGUCUUGAUUUUCAUCAUGAUCAGCUCGUGGAUGUCGAGGAAUAUCGUCUCCACAUUCAUGAAUCUGGAGAAGAAUUCAACGAGAUGCUUACAAUUGAUGAGGAGGAACAAACGGAAUUGUUUAAAGUUCCAGCCCACAGAAAUAUUGAAAAGUCUGAUAUAAUGUUUGACUUUAAAAUGGUAAGUAAUUACACUUCCUUAAGCAACAGUGUCCUGAGUCUCAGCGCGUUGUCACUUACUUUCCUUGAGAUUGAGUGAAUUUCAUUUCACUACGCUGCAAACUUGCUUCCAAUCGGUAAUGAACACUAUUGUUGUCAUGUGAUGAGAACAACUUGGAAGAAUUUAGCCGGUUGAUUGAGGCUGGGGAUGAAGUCGCAAGUCACGAAGAAAGAGGACAGAAAGAAACAACUUUUGCUAGCGUGUGACUCAGACUCAUUUCGAGAUACUUGUCUAAGCAAUUGAUAAAAUUGGGAUGAUGUUAUGCCUAUUAUUUGAAAGUAUUGACUCUAAGUCGCCAUGUACUAUUUUAUUAAUUAUCAAAACCCUUUUCUCUCUCCACAGAAUGCAACAAUGAUUCAUUUUCCACUCAAGGGCUUGUGCUUUCUUCUUCCACUGACACGCAGUCAGCCUACACCAAGAAACCUUGCCGCGAACUUGCAUCAGGUUAAUCAAAAUGGUCGAAAAGACAAACAAACAGACACUAAACUAUUAAAAAGAGGGAAAAUUACGCCAAGUAAAACUCCUACUUAAGUUUUGCUUUACGCGGUACGCCGUAAGUCCGCCUUUUUUUUUUGUUGAUCAGGGUAUGUUUUGGUUUGUUCUAGGUUUCCAGCGAUGAAGUCACGACACAUAAAGAAACCGUCAGAAUUGGUAAAGGAAUUACCGACCGUUCGAUCCUAAGUGACAGCACAGCAAGACUUUGCUCCAAAUCCCGGAUCUUCCGCGUAACAGAAAUACCGAGCGGAGUUGACGUCACAAGUAUGAAGCAACCUGCCUUACGUGAGUAAACUUUGUAUAAUUAUGCGAUACCAUGGGCAUGAAAAUCUUUCAAAAAUUUAUCAAAGCUUAAUUAUUAAACUCGAAGUACAUGUCUUUGGGUCACCUUUCAGUAGCUUAUGAGUGAAAAAGCUAAUAUAAUUUAUCACUGAGACUCUUUUUCCCGACUUGAAAGUUCCUUUGUGUUCAUUAGAAUCAAAAGCAUAUAAACAGUUUAUAUUCUCUAUCUGGAAUAUAAAAUUUCUCGAAUAUCAUGGCUGACGGUGCCAUGAAUUUUCCUUGAAAUCAGGAUGACUAUCAUUGGCAAGAAAUUAAAUGAUGUUACACACACACACACACACAUACAUAUAUACCGAAGUAAAAUUGAACGUUGCUGAGUCUGCGUCACAGCAUUUAUUGAAACUCGCAAGGAACUUAAACAGUUAUCCCUCGGUGGAAUGUUUUUUUUUCCUGGGGGUAUAAGGUUUGAAGAUUUAUACAGCAAAAGCCCACUUUUAGAGGGAAGAAGUUAGAACAAUAGAUUCUUUUUUAUGCAUGCCAUUCGCUCUGACGAAGGGCAAACGCUCGAAACGUCAGCUUUUUUUAAGCUCUUUACGGUGGCCAAUUUACGUUAUCAGUUGAUAAUACUAGAUUAUCCUUCUUUGUGGAUCGUACAUCAGAGCUUUUCAUAUUAAGCAACAAAGGCUGACCCGGAGAAAGAGAACAGACUGCUCAGAGCACCUUCUUUACUUUUAUUUAUAACCAGGGCGAGCUCGCAGACAGAAUCGUAACUAUAUACUGUGCGACGAUGGAAUGAACCUCGGUGAAGCUGCCAAAACUUGUCCUAUGAAAUUCAAACCAAAGUGCAAUGUAGAACUCUCAUCGUGUGCUUGGAUUGUAGAUUGUCCGGGAUUGUCGGGCAUGGUAUUCAAAACGUUAGAAGAAGUUAAAAAUUAUGAAAAUGCCAACGGAAUCAACCUCACAAAUGGCAGAAGGAGAAAGAAAAGGAGAAGUACGCCUGUUUGUAAUCUCACUCACUUAGAGUACUCAAUUGUUUGUUGUGGUUACUAUUGUCCAGCUCCGAAGAUUCGAUCAUACACUUCUGGUUGAGGCAGCUUUGACACAUUCAAUCCCACGCUAUACUGAGUGCUAUUCUUAAUCAAUUUUUACCGUUUUUGUAAUUGUCAUAUUUUCAUUUAUAAUAAAGUUAGGAUAUAACACGUGCUGUCAUUGGUUAAAAGAGCGUGCUUUAUGAGAGUAUAGAGCAUAGAACUGAGCUAAACCUGUCACGUCAUCUGCCAUGUCCGACCUUUUCCGGGACUUCUUUCUAGCUUCUCCUUCGUAAAUUGAGAGUGAAAUUUCGGAACCCAACACUUCUUUCGUGCUCUAGCCGCUUCCUGCGUGCUUUACAACAGAAAAGAGCACAGUCAGGGCUUCUCUAUUUGUUAAAUAUUUUUAAACUUGGUUUGACAAUUUUUUUUGUGGCGUACCUGUAAACUAGCUAUCUAGCUAAGCUUACCGACCACGUUAAAUACAUUGAUUGACUGAUUAAUUUAUUAUGCUGACGAGUCAAUUUUUUCGUUAUUAUAAAACAACUGCUCGACAAUAAAAAAACUGAAAAUUUCAUUUGUGAGAUAGACUUUUUGUCUCCAAGAUCUUGUUAAUGAUUCUUAUACCUGCAACAAAUUUUAAUUUGCAGUGGUGAAAGAAAUAUGGUAUUGAUGAAGUUCACUUACUUAAGUCGAUAACCUUGUGUUUCCCAUCAGCAUUUUCCAGUUAAGAGAUAACAAUCCCUUUUGGGGGGGGGGAGGAGAAGGAGGGAGUUAUGAAGUCGAUACUUAGGUAAAUAAGACAAAUAUAUUUGAGUAUGACACUCUCGCAGACACUUUUAAAAGGAAAAAUUGGAUUUUUCUUUUGUUUAUGUUCUCUCCUAAGUGGACACCCUAUGCAUAAUAACCGACUCUAGGCAAUGCAAUUUGUCUUUAAUUUGCAAAUCACUCAUUAGACGAUGUAACCACCUAAUAAGUGGGAUCCAGCCUUCGCUUAUCACAGAACGAAAAAGUCGUCCUCUUUCGGUUUUAUCUGCUGCAGCAAAAUAAGUCAAUUAUUCGUGCGUGAUAUUUUCAUCUUUCUUGAUGUAUGAUGCUGCGCGAAAGGUAAGGCCAUAAGCUGUUUAGAAAUUUCAUUUGAUUACAGCUUAUUUUACAACUAAUCAGCCUUCGAAAUCGAAGUUUUCAGAAAAUAGAUUUUUUCAGCGGAAACAGAUUUCCAUUUGAAAUAGUUUUUCUAAUGUCGACGAUCGCAAAAAAUUCACCUGAAUAAAUAAUUUAGUCAAAUAUUUAUCUAUAUGGGAUAAUCCGUUUCGUGUUAUCUCAGCCAGCCUCUAUUGCUGGAAAUCUAUUUUCAGUCGGGUUGUAUUUAGGUAGUGGCGUAAUGUAGCGACGAAAAUGACGGCUGUGGAGUGUUUAUUUAUAAUCAGUUUUAGCGCCUACCGAAUGCGGAAGAUAUAAAUCUCUGAAAUAGGUUAGUUAUGUUGUGAUAUCAUUACCUAAAAUGCAUGAUUUAUGUUUGUCUUUCAUGUUAUUGCUACUCAGCAAACGUUAAUUGGUCAUGAUUUUGAUAUUUCCUGGAGGCAUGAACUUAAAUACUGCUUUAAGUUCCAUGAGUUGCUUUACAGGUGUAAAAUAUUGUAAUGAGGAAAAAUCUCUUCCAUUAUUGUCAUAGAUUUUAUUUGUAAAAAGAAGUUUCAAUUUGAUUGCAUUGAUUCGUGAGAGAAUGGAAAUUUGCGACUCUUAAUCGGUCAAGUUUAAAACUCGAUUUAACAGAUUGGUAAUUUCCAUUUGAUUAAUUUGCAGUUUGUCCAUUUUAAAGGAAACGCAAAAUUCUGUUUUGUAGCAAAUAGUUUUUCUAGGCAACGAGUAAUUUCUAAACCACAGAGACAUCAUGAAAUCAUGACACUCUGAAGUUAAAGAUUUGCCAGAGGUAAAUUAUUGGUUAUUUGUGAUCCACACAGACCAAAAUGCAAAUGAAUUAAAAGAGUCUGUUGUUUUAUGAAUUUAUUUGUUUUUUCAGGUAAUCCUUUCAAGGUUUUUAUGUAAUUUUCAACACAUAAAACUUGUUUAUAUGAGAAAAAAAAAUAUUUUUUAGUUCCAAAUUUGUCAGAUUGGGUGGAAAGAUCAAGCAAGAAAGGUGAUGUAACACAAUUCAUGCGGACGCCUGAACAAAUGAAAUAACAACAAGAAUAACCAACUAACUUACAAACAAAUAAUGGAAUAGAAUUUCUUAUCGCGCGUAGCUGAGGC